ACACAUCCUCCUGCUACCGAAGCCCUCCACUCCUGACACCAUGUACUACAACGACUUCUCCGGUGCUGCCUUCCCAGGAUGCUACUGGGGUAGCUACGGCUACCCACUGGGGUACAGUGUUGGCUGUGGUUACGGCAGCACCUACUCCCCAGUGGGCUAUGGACUUGGCUAUGGCUACAACGGCUGUGGGGCUUAUGGCUACAGAAGAUACUGGCCAUUUGCUCUCUAUUGAUUUGCUGGAAUUCCUGAGGCAUAGAAUCUUCUCUCCCAAGGAUGAAAGGCACCCUUCUAGGUCCCUCCAUUAUUUACACCUUUAGUCUUCACUUGUUCAUCAACCUCCUCAAUGCUGCUUUUCAGACCUAGCACCAGAGUCCCGAGAGAAGAAAAUGAAAAACCAGAUGCUGCCUCCAGCCACCUUCCCUGGAUGACCUUUGUUGGGACAUUUUCAGAGGCUUGACACCCAACCAUGCAUGUCUUCUGAAGGUUUCACUGUGCUCAGACUCUUCUCAUGACAAAGUUGUGGAUGUGUGUGUCAAAUUCUCAAUAAACUUGUCUCAACCAGCAUAA